UUUUCAUAAGAUUUUAGCCUUAUCCGAAUUGUUCUUAUUUUUGUUUUGCGCAAAUUUGGGAAAAUAUUUCCUGUAAAACACUCGUGAAGAGCCCCGUAAUCAUGGUGUUCAAGUGUCAGGAGGAUAGUUUUCUUCGAGAGUUUACGUCUAAAGUUCUCUUGUGCGAAGAAGCAGAGCUAGCUCCGGCGUCCGGAAAGGGGGACACCUUAAAAGGAUACAAUGUUGUAUGUCAAGACACCAUUCUCUUCCCUGAGGGAGGUGGCCAGCCUUGUGACUUUGGAUAUUUAGGUGGCAAAAGAGUACUGAAUGUUGUCCGGAAGGGUGACACGGCGGUUCAUUUUGUAGAAUCCACUGAACCUUUGGCGCCUGGCGCUGAAGUUCGCCAGGAAGUUGACUGGGAACGUCGUAAGGAUCAUAUGCAGCAACAUUCGGGUCAACAUUUGGUUACAGCUCUCUUUGAGAGGGAAUACAACAUGGAGACUAAGGCUUGGUGGCUGGGAAGUGAUACUACUUACAUUGAAUUGGGAGCUAAGGAUGUUACUCAGGAACAAUUGGAUAAUGUGGAGAAAUUAGCAAAUGAUCUAAUAGCAUCUGCAAAGAAUGUUUCUGUAUCUGUCUUUGAGAGUGUGGAUAAAUUGUCCGAUGAAGUUACCAGAGCCACUCGAGGACUGCCUAAGGAUCACGUGGGAUCCAUCCGGGUGGUGACUAUUGAGGACGUUGAGGGGAAUAUGUGCUGUGGAACUCACGUGAGCAACUUAUCUCAACUCCAGGUGAUAAAGAUGCUGAAUGUGGAAAAAGCAAAGAAUAAACUAUUGGUGCACUUCUUGGUUGGUGAUCGAGUCAUUAAGAAACUGGCCACGAGCUACAAGAGAGAGCUCGAAAUGAACACUAUACUCAAUGGAGGACCUGCUUCGCACCUGGAUCUAGUGGGAAAGCUCCAGGGGAAUCUGAAAAAGUAUCAGAGGCUCGUCAAGACUCUGCUGAAGGAUAUUGCCAUCAAUGAGGGUGAAAAACUAAAGAACACAUCACCGAAACCCAAGUAUUUUUUCAUGCAUCGCACUGACGGAAGUGACAUGGAUUUCUUCACAAACUUUCUCCGGGCAGCUGGUGAUCUUCCUGAAACAUUUUUGUUUCUAACAACUGUCGACGACACUGCCAAUGGGCAAAUGAUUCUUCAGGGCCAAGAACAAGAUAUCACAAAACUCGGUAAUGAAAUCUGUGAGCUGCUGGUUGGCAAAGGUAAUGGCAAGGGAAAGACUUUCCGGGCAAAGAUCACAAACACCAAGAACAUCAAGAAAGCUGAAACGUUGAUUGUCAGUCACUUUGAAAAUUAAAUCACCUAGUAUUUUGAUCCA